GAGAGAGAGAGUGUGAGAGUGAGAGAGAGAGAGCGCAAGAGAGAAUGCGUUUAAAGCAUACGCUGGUGUGUUGCUGCAUCCAGACAACAGACAUUAGACAAUAGGUACAAGUGUAGGCCAUUCUGCCCCUCAACAAAGCACCGCCAUUCACUGUAAUCAUGGCUGAUUAGCCACAAUCAGUACCCUGUUCCUGCCUUCUCGCCAUAUCCCUUGAGUCCGCUAUCUUUAAGAGCUCUAUCUAACCCUCUCUUGAAAGCAUCCAGAGAAUUGGCCUGAGGCAGAGAAUUCCACAGAUUCACAAUACUCUGUGUGAAAACGUUUUUCCUCAUCUCUGUUCUAAAUGGCUUACCCCUUAUUCUUAAACAGUGGCCCCUGGUUCUGGACUCCCCCAACAUCGGGAACAGGUUUCCUGCCUCAUAACCCUUAAUAAUCUUAUAUGUUUCAAUAAGAUCUCCUCUCAUCCUUCUAAAUUCCAGAGUACACAAGCCCAGCCGCUCCAUUCUAUCAACAUAGUUACAGAGUGCAACAGGGAGCAAACUGUGUUACUAUUGUGAAGGGUUUUCACUGUUCCCACAGAUAUUGACGAAUGCAAAUCCUCACCCUGUGGCAAAAACACGUUUUGUGACAAAACGCCGGGUUCCUACCAGUGCAACUGCAUCGCAGGGUUUCAUGCAUCAGCUGCAACCACCGGCAUUGGUGCAGAGGAUUGUGAAUGUUGGGACGUUUAGUUUAGUUUAGAGAUACAGCACGGAAACAGGCCUUUCAGCACACCCAGUCUGCGCAGAACAGUCUGCACACUAACACUGUCCUACACACACUAGGAUACGUUCACAAUUAUACAAAGCCAAUUAACCUAUAAACAGCACCGGUUGUCAGGUUCGAACCCGAGUCCCUGGCGCUGUAAGGCAGUAACUCUACUGCUGCGCCACCGUGUCGCCCUGUAUAAGCAAAAAACAGAGAAUAAAUCAGCAUCAUCUGUUACGUUUGUCAAGGUGUCCUUGGCCUCUACAGAUACUCGAUCCUCCGCUCCAAUGACACUCUUCUCUGUGUUUACGCCUCAUGCCACCAAUGGGCAGCAGUUCAAGGUGAAGGGGAAAAGAUUUAAUAGAAACAUGUGGGGUAACUGUUUCACACAAAGAGUGGUGGGUGUUUGGAACAAGCUGCCAGAAGAGGUAGUUCAGGCUGGGACUAUCCCAACAUUUAAUAAACAAUUAGACAGGUACAUGGACAGGACAUGUUUAGAGGGUUAUGGACCAAACGCAGGCAGCUGGGACAUGUUGGCCAGUGUGGGCAAGUUGGGCCAAAGGGCCUGUUUCAACACUGUAUCGCUCUAUGACUCUAUGCUGGUGUGUUGCUUCAUCCAGGGUCACAGAUUGCUGGCGUAACUGGGUUUACGAUUGUGAAGGGUUUUCAUUGUUCACACAGAUAUCGACGAAUGUAAUUCCUCGCCCUGUCAUGUUAAUGCAACCUGUCUCAACACAAAUGGUUCCUACGACUGUACCUGCAACUCAGGGUUUCAGGAACCAGCCAGACAUGCCGGAAAACGUAAAGGGCUGAUGUGUGAAGAUGUCGAGGAGUGUGUCUCCUAUCCAUGUGAGCGACACAUGACCUGUACCAACACGGUGGGUUCCUACCUGUGCAACUGCAACGCAGGGUUCCACAGUACAGGAACGGAUUGUGUAGAUAUCGAUGAAUGCAAAUCCUUACCCUGUGUUGAUAACGCAACGUGUACCAACACCGAGGGCUCCUAUGAGUGCAAAUGCAGCGCUGGGUUUCAGGAAGGGUCUGGCAACAGUGGAGGGAAGAUCUGUGCAGAUAUUGACGAAUGCAAAUCCUCACCCUGUGGCAAAAACACGUUUUGUGACAACACGCCGGGUUCCUACCAGUGCAACUGCAUCGCAGGGUUUCAUGGAUCAGCUGCGACCACCGGCAUCGGUGCAGAGGAUUGUGAAGAUAUCGAUGAAUGCAAAUCCUCACCCUGUGGUGAUAAGGAAACUUGUACCAACACCGAGGGCUCCUAUGAGUGCAAAUGCAGCGCUGGGUUUCAGGAAUUGUCUGGCAAAAGUGGAGGGAAGAUCUGUGCAGAUAUCGAUGAGUGUGAAUCCUUGCCCUGUCACCAUAACACAACUUGUAACAACACGCUGGGUUCCUUCCAGUGCAACUGCAAUGCAGGCUUUCAUGCAUCAGCUUUGUCCACCGGACUCCAUGCAAAUAAGAUCUGUGAAGAUAUUGAUGAGUGUGAAUCCUCGCCCUGUCACCAUAACACAACUUGUAACAACACUCUGGGUUCCUACCAGUGCAACUGCAACGCAGGGUUUCAGGCAUCAGCUUCGUCCACCGACCUCCGUGCAAAUACGAUCUGUGAAGGUGAGGACAGGAAGAGUCAACCACAUUAGUGCGUAGGUCAUGUGUGCUUGACCUGGUGAGAACACCAGAUCUCCUUCCCUGGAGACGUGAGAGAAACUGAUGGUAUAUUUGUGACAACUUGUUCAUUAUUGUGAGCACCAUUACUCAUGAUUAGUUGUUUCCUAUAUUCCCGCUGCUGUGAUGGGAUGUGAAUCUGAGUUUGUAGAUGGAGACUGUGAUGAUUUUAUCCUGCACCACCAACAUACUCUGACCAGACACAAUGUCCUCAGGUUACAGAGAACAACGAGGUUUACCAUUGUGUAGGUUCUCAAGUUGGCAUUGGAGUUUCCUACCCUUCAUAUUAUCCUGCAGAUUCCUGGAAUUAACAAAGGAUCUCAUGGACGUUGUCGUCAGCCAAGGCCACAUGAAGGUCGUAGUGUUUUCAAAGAAGGCUGGGGUCACUUGGGAUUUGUUGUCCACUGAAAUUCAAAAUUCAAACCUGGUUAGAGCCCAACCUGAGCCUGAGCCCAACCCGGAGUUGUGUUCCGCUGGAGGCGGUCAAGUCAAAUGGUUUAACUUUACUUUGGACAUGGAUGUGAAUGUGUGGGGAUUGGGAGAUGGAGAUGUGGACCAGGCUGUGCCCUUGGAAGCAGCGGUCAUGUGGUAACUCCAAAUUUUCAGUACCAUAUGUAUUGCCCCCAGUACCAGCUUAGCUGGGUCCCCUGCUAAGUGUGAAGAAUUUACUCCAUUUUUCACCCGCAAAGUUAAGAACAUCAGAUCGAAUAUUUCCCCUCCCAUCCAUGACCUAGCUGUCUCAUUGGUCUGUUCUUCAAAAUUAGACUGUUUCCAACCCGUUACUCUACCCUCCCUUGUAAAGCUGGUCACCACUAUGAAACCUGCUACCUGCCCCCUCAACGUUGUCCCCUCUGCCCUUCUGAAGGAUGUCAUUGCAAUAGCUGGUCCCAACAUCCUCGCCAUCAUCAACAAUACUCUGGCCACUGACACUGUUCCUACCUGCUUCAAGCAUGCAGGGGUCCAGCC